AUGCCCGCUUACUUCUAUCAUAUAAAUGUUCAGGUCCUCUCGCACAAUCCAGAUAGCCUGGCAUCAGCGGGUUCCUCUCUGGCCUUGCACUCUGCAAGGGAAGCUUUCCAACCGUUCCAACGAAGCAAGUCUCCAAGCUCCAGUCGCUUGUCACCAAUAUCAGGGACAGGCGCUGGAGACAACCAGGCACUGAGCACACAGCAAACUCUCGCGCAUCGCCAAAAACAUCCCUCUACCCUCUCUUCACCUGUCACAACAACCCCACCGCGAACCAGUUCCUCCCGCUCUUCCCCGGACACCUUAUCCUCCACCUCCUCCACUUCACCAAGCUCCAAACCCACACCUACACUCCUCAAAACCGACAAGCGCUUCGGCGCUGUCACAAUAGAGUGCAUUGACAUGGUCACCCCACCAAAAGACACCGCAAAACGCAGCUCAAAGCGCAGCUCCGCCCAAGAACCGGAGAACCUAGUAGCAGCCGGAAUCGGCACCGACAUCCUCGGCGGACUGCGCACAAAAGGUCGCUACAUCCCCCUCGACCAAAAAGUCACCGACAGCAUCUGGGGAAUUGUCCAUCUCUACCGCGACACGCAGGAAACGCCCUACCUCGCCCGCGAUGACGACUACCCCACCUACCUAAAGGGAUCCGCGGCUGCAGCGCGGAACCCGGGCGAGCAGCAGGCUACGCUACGGGGACAUUUGUCGGGAGUUGCUUCGCCGGGCGGUUCUGCUGCGGGCGCUACGGCGUAUCCGUUCCCUGCGACUGCUUCUUCGUCUGCGUUGCAUCCUGAUGGGGAUUGUACUACGCUGUGCAUUCUCGCUGUGCCGUCUUAUUUGUCGCCUCCUGACUUUCUGGGGUUCGUCGGAGAGGAGACUAGGGAUGAGGUUAGUCAUUUCCGAAUGAUUAGGACUGCGCGUGCGAAUCGGUAUAUGGUUUUGAUGAAGUUUCGGAGUGGGAGGAAGGCGGUUGAGUGGCAGAAGGAGUGGAAUGGGAAGGUUUUUAAUAGCAUGGAGCCUGAAACCUGCCAUGUGGUGUUCGUUAAGACGGUUGAGAUCCAGGUUGUGGAACCAGAAUCCUCAGCUGCUUUCUCGCCGGAUGAGCAUGGUGCUCUGUUGUCACCCAAUCUCUCGACUCCUACUCGGCCUCCCGUUUCUUCUGCUGGGCAGGCAACUCUCACUGGGAAACCUCUCGCACCGCCUACUCCCGCCCUGAUCGAAUUGCCCACAUGUCCCGUUUGCCUAGAGCGAAUGGAUGAGACCACAGGAUUACUUACAAUCAUCUGCCAACACGUCUUUCACUGCACCUGUCUGCAGAAAUGGAAAGGCAGCGGUUGCCCUAUCUGCCGGUACACACAGGACGACUUCCGCAAAAGCAACGCUGACGCUGAAACCGACGCUGAACCCCAAGAAUGCGCAGUAUGCCACGCGGACAUGAACCUCUGGGCUUGUCUAAUCUGCGGAACUGUCGGUUGCGGCCGCUAUGACGGCGCCCACGCCUUCGAACAUUACAAAGAAACAGCCCACGCCUUCUCAAUGGAUCUCACCACGCAACGAGUAUGGGACUAUGUAGGCGACGCCUACGUCCACCGCAUCAUCCAAAGCAAAACAGACGGCAAGCUCGUCGAACUCCCAGCAGCAGACCACAGCGCCCUCGACCCACCAGAUUGGGGCGACGCCGUGCCCCGCGAGAAACUCGAGAACAUGAGCGUCGAAUACACCCACCUCUUAACCAGCCAACUCGAAAGCCAACGCGCCUACUUCGAAGAAGUCGUCGAGCGUGCCGUUGACAAAGCCUCCCAAGCCAGCGCCGCAGCAGCCGCAGCAGAAAUCUCCGCUAGCACCGCCUCCUCCCAGCUCGAGGACCUCCAAUCUAAAUAUGAUACACUCUCGCUAGAAACGAUCCCCUCGCUAGACCACGACCGUUCCCGCGCCGAGAAACGCGCCGACAAGUUCGAGGCUCUGGCUCGUAUGUUUGAGAAGAAUUGGCAGGAGGAGAAAUCCAUGAAUGGAAAUAUGAUGCAGCGGCUUGAUCUUCUCACUGCAGAGGUUGAGGAUCUGAAGGCUUCGAAUGCCGAUCUCGCAGAGCAGAAUCGCGAUCUUACUUUCUUUAUUAGUGGGUCGCAGCGCUUGCAGGAUCAGGGCGAGGAGGUUACUGAGGGUACGAGAUAG